UAUAACCAACAGGUGUUUCCUAAAGCCUUUUUAACUCAUUGCUAGAGCUUUCGGAGGUUUUUCUAGAGCUACACGUAGGCGUUUUCCAGAGCGUUGCAAAACUUCCAGAAACACAUAGGAAGGUUUUGAAACGAUAGAACAGGGUAGAUUUUAAUCAUGGAAUAAUUUGUGUGUGCAUUUCCGGUAGUUAGGGGCACAAUGAAAAAAGAAAUGCGCAACAUCACUUUUUUCCGAAAGUAGUUCCAAAAAACAGUAGUAGUUCUGAUGUGUGUGUACACCUUUGAACUAAAAGCGUCGAUCAAACGAACUAAUGUUGUUCUGUGGCUCUGAUGGAAUCCAUUUAAAUAGAUUUUUGAGAAUAGUAAACAAAAUGAUAUAAUACAACAUUUAAAAAUACUCAAAACGAUGGCCUUAAACAGUUUUCUGGACUUUUUCCAAAAAGGCAAGACCUUCCGUCCGAAAAAGAAGUUCGUGCACGGAACCAUCAGAUACAGCCUACACAAGCAGGCCUGCGCCAGCUUAAAUUCGGGUAUAAAUUUACGGGUAGCCGUCAGGCUGCCGCCUGGCGAAGAUCUGAACGACUGGGUGGCGGUGCACGUAGUCGAUUUUUUUAACCGCAUCAAUCUCAUCUACGGCACGAUCUCGGAGUGCUGCACGCAGCAGUCGUGCCCGACGAUGUCGGGGGGCGCGCGUUUCGAGUACCUGUGGGCGGACGGAGACAAAUUUAAAAAGCCGACCCAGCUGCCCGCACGGGAGUACGUCAGUAACCUCAUGGACUGGAUCGAGACGCAGAUCAAUAACCAAACGCUAUUCCCGUGCACGUCCGAUCUGCCCUUUCCGAAGAACUUCAUUAGCCACUGCAGCAAAAUUCUGGCGAGAUUGCAUCGCGUCUUCGUUCACGUUUACAUUCACCACUUCCAGAAUAUAGUCACAAUCGCCGCUGAGGCCCACGUGAACACGUGCUAUAAGCACUUCUAUUAUUUCGUAACCGAAUUCGAACUAGUCAGUCAGAAGGAAUUGGAGCCGCUGGCGGAAAUGGCGGCCAAAAUUUGUAACUCAGCGUAAGGAUCUUAUUUUAAUUACUACGAUAUACAUUUGUAGACAAUUAACCCACUUAUAAAUAAACAAAAAGCCUACUAGAUAAUCACACGA